AUGAUAAACAACAACAAGACAGAAUCUGCUGUUGAUUCAUCCACACCAGGAAAUCUCCGGCAAUCCUCACCGCUCUCCAGCAUGCACUUGAAACAACCUAAAAAACUUCGACAGGAAAUUAACACUCAUGCAUUCAAACAAAAUUAUUUCGAAUUAGAUCUCCAUUCAGGUCCAGGUGUUCAAUUGUUACGUUUUGAAAACACAACAACAUGCUCCAAUUCACGUCCUCAACAAGAAGAGCAUUCCCAAACCAUGAAGAUUUGUAAACAAUUCCAACAAAAGUUUCGCACCAGUGAUUUGUCGUUAGAACUUCCAAAAACGCAAAAGAAACGAAAACAAUCAUUGGAUGAACACCAGUCAUGUCCAGUGGCGCCACAGAAUCCACAACCACUACAUCCACAACAACCACACUUGAUCCAAUCAGUGGUUUCGAAAGGAAAAGAGGAGGACCAAGCAUCUCUUCCGUCCACCACCAAGGCCAUUCACAUGGAAUCAGAACGACCAAAGAAACACUUCAAAACAACUAAUGGGCAUGGUGAAGAUAAUCCAAGAUUUGAGGAACUAUCUUCUCAAAUACAACUUCCAACGCAAUCAUCCUUGAUCCUAGAUUCUUCUUCGUUGGUCGAAGAGCUACAGCAGAUGCAAUUAUCUACAUUACAAAAUCAAACAUUCUUACCUCAGAAUACACGAGAGGAUAUGGAUGACAGGACUGUUUCAAGCCACAGGUCCAUUACCAACGAAUUGCCAAAUAUGAACAUGAUGCAAAACGUUAAAAGUGCAAAUCGUGGUAUACAAUGUGAUCCAUCUGCAUCCACAGGGAACUGUGUUCUUCCUCCUAAUACGAGACUGCUCCCCAAUAAGGAAACGGACAUGGAUUUUGCAUGGAAAGAUGCGUGUCUUCGAUGGAUACAGGAAAACUCGACUGGAAAUCUCGUUGGGCAAGGACACGAUACAACCGUUAGUGGCCACAGCCAAACCGUACAACCAGAACCCAUACUUGCAUAUGGAUAUCAGAUGGUUACAGCAGGGAUGGACAUGAGUACUUGUUCAGUGGAGAAUUCCAAUCAGCAAGAAAGGAGUCGAUUGGUAGAUGCACCAUCUUGUGUACCGGAUCCCAUUCAAGAAAGAGUUUUUGAAGAAGUGAACAUGCUAAGAUUAUAUUUGGCGAUUCAUCAAGCCCUUUCCAGAGGAGCACAGUAG